GGUGAUGGGCAGUACUCUCAUAGUGUUUAGAUUUUUAUAUAAAUAUUGGGCUCAGCCGACAGAAUUGUAUCAUUGCUCUGACUAACUUUAUUUCGACUAAAUCGGUUCAGCGAAAAAUCGCGAGUUUUCAACAUAAUGGCAUUUAAGAUGGUUGUAUUGUUCGCCUCGCUGGCCUACGCUAGCGCUGGAUUCAUUGAAGCCGAUCCCCAUCAUUCCUACUCAUCUGCUCCUGCCGUGAGCUACAGCUCGAUCACUCACCAUGCUCCGAGCGUUGCCGUGGCCAAAACUCUGGCCUAUGCUGAACCCGCGGUGCAAUAUGCCGCUCCAAUUACCAAGUCGUACGCUGUUCAAGAGCCAUCCCUCCUGAAGACCAUUGUGGCUCAACCAACUUACACCAAGACCCUAGUUCAGCAGCCGACUUAUGCCAAGACCCUGGUAUCAGAGCCCGUCUAUGCUCACUCUGCUCCAGUUUAUGCUGCCAAAACCGUGGCAUACCAAGCCCCAAUCGCAUACAGCUCUCCGAUCGUCAAGAAGCUAGAAUACGCUCCAGUUGCCAAGACCUACGUGUCCCACCCAGCUUACACCAAGGCUAUUGUCGCUGAACCAUCAUACGCUAAAACUUAUGUUUCGGAACCAGCAUACGCUAAGGCUUAUGUGUCGGAACCAGCAUACACUAAGGCUUAUAUUUCGGAACCCACAUAUGCCAAGACUCUUGUUCAACAGCCCAUCUACUCAAAGACCCUGGUUCAACAGCCAGCCAUCUAUGCUCAGUCUGCUCCAGUUCUUGCCACCAAAUCGUUGAGCUACUCGCCAGCUGCUCAGGUUGCCCACGUUAGCUACGAGGAUAACAGUGCUCACUACGCCUGGUGAGCAGUUGUGUUUGCUUAGAAGAAUGACCUCACGCAAGUAUGAACAAGUGAUCGAUGUUGUGAAUAUUACCAGUGCCUAAUAUGUUGAACGAUUUUGUUGAAUAUAUUUAUUGAUUGAUAAACUGUAACAA